AUGGGCAUCUUUGAGGAUGAAAGCGUGAAAUUACGACAGCUGAAACUACAGAAUCAGAGAGCCCUUCUAGAGAAGAAGCAGAGGAAGAAACGUCUCGAUCCGUUGAUGGUACAGCCAAAUCCUGAGGCCAAGCUGCGCAGGUCAAAGCCCAAAGGGAGCGAGGAGCAGACUCCUUUAGUAGAAACUCCUACCCCUGUCCACAGUGAUGUUGUUUUACAUGGCAUUGAUGGACCAGCUGCUUUCCUGAAAUCAGAAGUGCAGGAUUUGGGAACCAAGCUCCAAACUCUGUCUGUUGGAUCUACCAAACCAGAAGACAAUGCAGAUAAGGAAAAUGAUGGAGAGGCUGUAACAGAUACAGCAAGCAAGCCAGAUCUGCAAGAAAUAUUACAAAAACGAGGAAUUUCAGGCAGUUUGAAUUUUGAUGAGGAGGACACAGAAGAGGAAGAAGCUACUAAGAGACCAGUAUCUCAUUCACCAUACCCUGAAUCUGAGAGGCCUAGUUCUGCAUCCAGCGAGAAGUCUUUUGCAGAAACAGGUGCUUCCUGUAGUCCAUCCCCUCAGGCAGAUGCACAGCUGGGAGAAGUAGAGAACUUGGAGGAUUUUGCAUUGCGCCCGGCACCCCGUGGAAUUAGUGUCAAGUGUCGAAUCACUAGAGAUAAAAAGGGAAUGGACCGGGGCCUCUUCCCUACUUACUACAUGCAUCUGGAAAGGGAUGACAACAAAAAGACAUUCCUUCUUGCGGGAAGAAAAAGAAAGAAGAGCAAAACAUCCAAUUACCUCAUAUCAGUUGACCCAACUGAUUUAUCUCGGAAAGGUGAAAGUUUCAUUGGAAAACUCAGGUCAAACCUCAUGGGAACCAAAUUUACAGUCUAUGACCACGGUGUUAACCCAGUCAAGGCACAAAGUCUAGUGGAAAAGGCUCAUACAAGACAGGAGCUUGCAGCUAUUUGUUAUGAAACUAAUAUCUUAGGAUUUAAGGGUCCCAGAAAAAUGUCUGUGAUUAUUCCAGGAAUGAACAUGAAUCAUAAGCGAAUUCCAAUCCGUCCACGAAAUGAACAUGAGGGCCUGCUGUCAAAAUGGCAAAACAAAAAUUUAGAGAACCUCAUUGAGUUGCACAACAAGGCUCCAGUCUGGAAUGAUGAUACUCAGUCCUAUGUUUUGAACUUCCAUGGGAGGGUCACUCAGGCGUCAGUGAAGAACUUCCAGAUUGUCCAUGACAAUGACCCUGACUACAUCGUGAUGCAGUUUGGUCGUGUAGCAGAAGAUGUGUUCACUCUGGACUAUAAUUACCCCCUCUGUGCUCUUCAGGCCUUUGCUAUUGGACUCUCCAGCUUUGAUAGUAAAUUGGCUGAGGAUGAGACCUGGCAGUGUUUUUCAGCUGUGCUCUGCUGAAGUCUUGGCUGAUGGUUCUGCAUUAUCUCUGCCCAUCCAGGAAAGGAAGUCAGUUUGUAUACCUGUCUGAUUAUUUUUUCUGACUAGAAAUGUGUGAAAGAAGUUGCCUUAUGUUAUUUGGGGGUGACCUGAAGGCAGGAUGCUAAUUUCUGGUUCAAGAUCUUUUCCAGUGUGCCCAGAAAACAUCCUUUACUUAAUUAGCCGUGUCAGCAGUGACUCCUCAAGCUAUUUGUUGACAUCAAAUGAUCUUGUCACAGCCUCUCAGUCAAAUUAUGCAGACAGAUGAACUGAUUCAGUUGUCUUUAUCAGAUACUGUUUUACAUUAAUUGUAAUUACAACUUUUAUAUCUAAAUGAAAAUAAACUAAUUUAUAUAUUGAAAA